CUUAGCACAGGUUUGACGCGAAGUGGCGAAGUUUCUAGCUUGGACAGUAGGAAACGUCAGAAACGUGAUGUUUGUAUGCUCCUUUGCUGACUGAGUGACCGCAGCACCGAUUUGAAGUCGUCGUCCUUGCGCUUUGUGUAAAGAUUUUCUGACUCACCGAAAGGCCUCAAGAUGAGUGACGUCCUGGACAUAUUGGACGUGGAACGUCCCAACACUCCAGAAGUCAGCAAGGAAAGCAUCCUGGGCACAGAUGCUCGAAAAAACAAGCUUAUGCAGAAGCGGAAGCUCAUAGAGGCCACCUUCAAGCGACCUGAAGGGAUGCAUCGGGAGCUCUAUGCCCUUCUUUUCUCCGAUGCACGAGACAACCCACCUCUGCUGCCGACUGACAGCAGCCAAGGCUACAAGCGCAACAAAGCCAAGCUUGGAAUCCGGCGUGUCCGGCCAUGGCGCUGGAUGCCGUUUAACAACCCGGCCCGCAAGGAUGGCGUGAUGCUGAGCCACUGGCGGAGAUUGGCCGACGAAGGCAAGGAGUACCCCUUUGCAAAGUUCAACAAGCAGGUACCAGUGCCGACCUACACGGAAGCCGAGUACCAGCAGCACCUGGCGAGCGCACAGUGGAGUCGGGCCGAGACGGACCACCUGCUCGAGCUGUGCCGACGUUUCGACCAGCGGUUCCUGAUCGUGAAGGACCGUUGGGAUAGAACGCGCUUCCCCACGGGACGCUCUAUAGAAGACCUCAAAGAGCGGUACUACGGCAUCUGCCAGACCUUGGCCCGUGUCAGGGCGCCCCCCGGGCAAGAACCCAAAGGCCGUGCUUUUGACGCUGACCAUGAACGCCGUCGCAAGGAGCAGUUGCUGAAGUUGUAUGAUCGCACUACAGAGCAGGUUGAAGAAGAGCAGACGCUGCUGGGAGAGUUGCGCAAGAUUGAACUACGCAAGAAGGAGCGCGAGAAGAAGACGCAAGACCUGCAGAAGCUCAUCACAGCAGCGGACAACAGCGCAGAGGCACGGCGUGUCGAGCGCAAGGGCCCCAAGAAGAAGCUCAACAUCCAGAAGAGCAGUCGCACCGAGCCGGGGGCAGUGGAGUCAGCAGGCAUUCGGUUUCCGGAUUUCAAGGCCUGUGGGGUGUCGCUGCGAAGCCACAGGAUGAAGCUGCCAGCAUCAGUGGGCCAGAAGAAGACAAAGGCCAUUGAACAGCUACUCCAGGAACUGGGUGUCGAGCUGAAUCCAACGCCAUGCGACGAGGUGUGCCAGCACUUCAACGAGUUGCGCAGCGACAUGGUGCUCUUGUACGAGCUCAAACUUGCUCUGGCCACGUGCGAGUACGAGCUGCAGACCCUGCGGCACCAGUUCGAGGUGCUCGCGCCCGAGCGAGCCGCCGCCACUGCCGCGGCCACGGGCAUUGCGACGCUGACCAGCUCGUCAAGCAGCAGUGGCAUUGGGGCCAGCAUUGGCAGCACCAUCGGUGUGAGUGUAGCAGAGCCGGGAGGAGGCUCUGCCACCGAAACACCAAUACGGGGCAUCUCGGAGAUCCUCGACGUCGGUGCAACGCCCGGAACGCCUAAUCGCAAGCGGCGUGCUGCCAUCGAGCAGAGCAACCUUUUAAAGAAAUUCAAGAAGGCCUGAGACCACGGUUUCACAAUGGAUUCCUCACUCGUCGCCCCUUCCUCGUUCAAAUGGUCAUGUGUUGUGACCUCGCAGCAAAGAAGCCGGAAUAAACAUCUCACUCUACCUUAA